AAUGCGUUUGUUCUUCUUAGUUGCUGUACUCUUUAAAUUUACCUGUCUAGGCUUAAAAUUUCAACCAGAAAACGCCAACGUAACCCUAAGGGAUAUUGGAUAUUUAAACUUAACAAUAUUAUUCACUACGAAACAAUUGGAUAACUUUGAGUUUCAGGUGUUUCGUGCAGAUUCCGAUGUACUUGAUCUGUCUUCCGGUGAGAAAUCAACAAUUAUCAACAGUACCGUCUUCUUUCCGCUAAAAAUUCAGCCUAAGACGCUUGGGAGAACUUCUUUAGUUUUCUACGGUCAUAACUCUUCUAAUAGCACUUUCCGAAUAAAUGAGGCGUUCAAUAUAACCGUCGUAAGGGGUGAUGAGAACGGAGACGCCGGUAAAUUUUUGGAAAUAAUUUCAACAUCCCUCAUUCUUAUUGCAGUUGGAGGUUGCGGUGCUGUUGUCAAUGGGGAUAUUGUUUUACGUUUAAUCCGAAGGCCAACUUGUCUUGGUGUGGCUUUACUAUGCCGUUUCGCCUUCCUGCCAGCCGUAAGUAUGCGGGUGCGUGCGAAAGAGUCCUCUCUAAACCAUUCGUUUGGAUUGCUUGAUAUCCUUUAG